UCCUGGUAUGAAAACGACUUGUAAUUGAACAACUAAGUGGUGUGACGACUGUUCGUGUAGUUACAUAUUAGUGAAGUGGCUGAAAGAGCGCUAAAAAGCAGCUGUCAGGAUGCCAAAGAAGUUCCAGGGUGAGAACUCCAAGGCGGCCACUGCCAAAGCCCGCAAGGCUGAGGCCAAGGCAGUGGCAGACGCCCGUAAGAAGAAGGAAGAAGAAGACGCUCUCUGGGAAGAAACAGACAAACAUGUACUUAAAAAAGAGCAGAGGAAGGACGACAAGGAGAAGAAGCGGUUGGAGCUUCUUGAGAGGAAAAAGGAAAACCAGCGGCUCCUGGAUGAGGAGAACGCCGGGAUAAAAGGAAAAGCACAAAAGGAGGCAGCAGCUGGUGGAAAAGUGACUCGUGCUCAAAUUCAGGAGAUACUUCAAAAUGACCAGCAGCAAGAACUGGAGAUUAAGCCGAUAGAGAAAAGCCACCUGGAGACUCCUCUAGAGGAGAAUAUUAACAGAGUCAUAGCUGAAGAAGGAAGUAUGGAAGCCCGAACAAUUGAGGAGGCCAUCUCUGUGCUCAGCACGGGGCCGGAAGACCUGGACCGCCAUCCGGAGCGGCGGAUGAAAGCAGCUUUUACUGCCUUUGAGGAAGCAAACAUGCCCCGACUAAAAAUGGAGAACCCCAACAUGAGGAUGUCGCAGCUAAAGCAACAGCUGAAAAAAGAGUGGGCCAAAUCUCCUGAGAACCCUCUGAACCAGCGUUUUGCCUCCUACAACUCGAAGUGAAUUCAGCUUUUUCACAAUGUCGCUUGGAAAGAGACUUUGAUUUGAAAAACUAAUAAUUUCACUGAAUAAAGAGUGUCAGUGAUGAUGCUUCAUCAGCAAUCACCCGGCAACACCUUAUCCUGUGCCAGAGGACUUGACUUUUUUGUUUAAUUUAGUAGUAAGAGGAACUGCUUUUCAUCUCCCAAAAUAACAACUGUUUAUCAUGUUUCUGAACAUGGCCUAUAAUGAGGCAACUCAGCAUCUCAUUAAUUAAAUUACUUAUUAUUUUUGCCCUUCUGGGAAGGUGGGAAUCCAGAUGUUUUGGGAAUAACUUAUUAAAGUUCACGGCUGAAUCAUCAA